UAAUAAAUUAAAAACCAACCCAAGAUAAAAUCCAACGAAAGCAUAACGUCUCUUAGUAUCUGCUAGAAAAACAGUUCGAGAGAGAGAGAGAGAGAGAGAAAGAGAGAGAGUAGCAAUGAUGAAAAGAGGAUGUGGGUUUGUCUCACCUUUGGUGAUGAUGGUGGUAGCAGUGGUGCUUAUGGUGGCGAUGGCACCAGAAGUGUCCGCAACUAGAUGGACUGUAGGAGCUAACAUGGGUUGGAAUACUAAUGUAAACUAUACUAUUUGGGCUAAAGAUAAGCAUUUCUACAAUGGUGACUGGCUCUUUUUUGUGUAUGACAGGAACCAGAUGAAUGUGUUAGAGGUGAACAAAACAGAUUAUGAGACAUGUAACUCAGACCAUCCUCUUCACAACUGGACUACGGGGGCCGGAAGGGAUGUAGUUCCACUGAAUGUGACUCGCAACUACUAUUUCAUUAGUGGUAAAGGGUUCUGUUUUGGUGGCAUGAAGGUAGCUAUUCAUGUUGAAAACCCACCUCCCCCUCCAACAGCAUCCCCCUUAAAUGAGAAAAGUGCCUCUCCAUGCUCUACUCUUAGAGGCCAGUAUGUCAUACCAGCUGUUCUUGCCAUUGGUGCUUUGUGGGAUGCAUUUGUCCAUAUCUGGUAGCAUUCAGCAUUUUCUUCUAUGUUUUAUUUAUGAGGAAACCUCACCAUCUUGGACAUUUCCCUUAACCAAUUUGUGAAGGAAAAUUGAGCUGUCAUCCACAUUUUAUUUUCUUGGAGGUGUUGUUUAAUUUAUGAUUCUGAGAGUUGACAUGAAACUUGGAAGAGUGUUGAUUAAGAUUAGUAAAUGGUGUUAAUUUGAAAAUUUGAGGGGAAGUGUUGUGUAAUGUUCACUCAAUGAAGAACAUUGAGAAUUAUCUUGAUUUAUUUUAUUGGAGAAUUCAAAUGCAUAAAUUGUGCCA